AUGUCAGGAAACUUGGUUCUUAUAUCUUCUGCCCUUAGUGCCAUAUCUGGGCUAAAUGUUGUUUCAGAUGACAAGUUUGUCAACAUCCUGAAAAAUUACAAUGAAAAUAAGCAAUUGGAAACGAGCGACUUUCACCAAUUUUUAGUUUGCGGUCCUACUAACACCAACGUCUCUGAACCUACCUCUAACCCCAAAAACGACGGAAAAACGAUAAAUAGCGAUAUAUUGUUCAACAAAAGAAGUCUCCAUGCCAAACAGUUAGAUAUCAAAAAUCUUCAUCAAUCUUACUUAAUUGGUUGUCCCCUCGGAGUUCCUAAGAAGACCUCUACUUCAAGCGUUGAUAUUUAUCAGAUAUCUAUUAAAACUUUAACCAAUGAAGUAAUAAUUGCUAAUGUUAAAAAUGCCACGACUGUCAAACUAUUGAAAACAAGUAUUCAUAAACAAAGGGGUAUCCUCCCUGAUAAGUUGACUUUUAAUGGUAAUCAAUUAGAAGAUGGAAAGUCACUCGGUGACUACAAUAUUCAAAAAGGAUCAGUUCUAUACAUGGUACAUUUCCUUAAAAAAGAAGCUAUACCCCAGUGUAUCUUCAUCUCUCAGGAUUUUCUUGACCCUAAAUAUGACUAUGAUUUUACAAAUAUUAAUGAUGAUGAUCGGAUAUUUAUGCGCGGACAAUACGAAUAUAAACGUCCAGUGGGCUGGAAUCGAAUUGCUCUCAAGGUAUUAAACAAAUAUGAAGACAAUAUUUGGCUCGGGGUAGGUAGUACUUGCCGACAAGCUAAUUGUACUAGUGCAAGACUAAAUGAAUGGCCAGUGUCUUACCAUGGUACCGAGAAGCAUAAUUUUAGUUCAAUUGCUGAUGUUGGGUAUUUGUUAAGCAAGGGAAAGAGAUUCAUGUUUGGUCAGGGAGUAUAUUCUACACCGGAUAUUAACAUUGCGGCUCAAUAUGCCACUGAGUUUACGCAUAAUGGUGAGAGCUACAAAAUGGUUUUUCAGAAUCGAGUAAACCCCGAAAAUUUGGUAAGAAUUAGUGCAGAUAAAACGAAAGUGGGGACAGAGUAUUGGAUUUCUCCCAAAGGCGAAGAUAUAAGACCUUAUGGAAUUUGCAUAAAAGUUCUAAACAAAAUGAUUCUCUUCGUUGGUCCUGACAAUGAUAUACAGAGAACUUGA